AUGACUGUGGCACUGACCCCCCACUUCUCUCUUUCUGUAGCCGUCCAAGAACAAGUCACCUCUAAGUGUAGCCAGACCACGGCAAGCCCCCCGUCCAGUCAACCCAUGAUGCCCCCCAGAGCUGGGCUCCUUCAGAACAAUCUGAAUCCAGCAAUGAUCCCACCCACCAGGCACCAGAGCCGCGAGGGCAUGGGCAUGGCCUCGCCGACUCCGGGCAAGCAACAAGGAAUUCUCCACUGUAACCCCCCGUUCCCCAUACCCUCGUGGCCGGGCCAGAACCCCCCGGGCAGCCAUCGUCCGCAGAUUCCCAAGGCGGCCCCCUCGGGAGCGCCCCUGCCUAGGUUCUGUCCCAGACCCCUGGGCAGCCAGCUCCCGAGUCCCCACCAGCUCAGACAGCCCUGUGUGCCAAGAAUGCCCUCAGUGUUCAACGAUGCCGUGUGGGCGGUGGCCGCGGCGGCAGCUGGGACCACAGCGGUCUCGAGGGAGCCCCCCCCGAGCCACGUAGACCGUAGCACCCAGCCGCGCUUUGAUGGCGACUCGAUCUUCACCAAGGAGCCCGCCAGAGCCCCCCGGGUAGCCCCGACACGUCCAUCGCAGCAGGCAGUUGUGCCCCCCAAUCAGGUGGCCCCAGGAGGCAGGCCUGGCCAGAAGGUGAGUGCUGCUCCGGUCAACCCCAGCUUCGGCCUGCUGGGCAACCAGAGCCUCAAGCAGAGCCCGGUGCGGGGUCCCGUGCCCAUGCUGCACGCCGCCAAGUCCCUCCAGCAGGGCAUGGCCAGCUUUGGUCCCGCGAGUCCCAUACAGGGCAUCGAGCCGCCAAGCUCUGUGGCCGCCGCCGCCGCCGCCUCUGCCAUCACCGCCAGCCAGUCCCCAGGUCCAUUCGGCAGAACGGGUGCCCCCCCUGAGCUGCCACCCUACGACUUUUUGUCCCCGGCCCUGCCCCCACUAAACGGUCUGCUCUCAGCCCCUGACUGCAGUGAGGUGGGCUUCUCUGAAGCCCCCUUGAAAGGCCCCAGUGGGAGCCCAGAGGAGGGCUGGGUGUGCAACCUGAGGCUCAUCGAUGACAUUCUGGAAGAGCACGCCGCCCCCGCCCCCGCCCCCCAGAGUGCUGGGGGGCUUUAAGUGCCCGUAGAAACCCCCACGCCCUCACCACUUUAGGCAGUGGCGUGGAGCCAUGGCCAACCCACCGCCCGCCACACAGCCGCCCAGUUGUUUCCUCCCCACAACCUGAGUGGCAUCCGCCUGUGCUCAUCCCUCUCUCUACCUGUGACAAAAUGGAAAGCUGGUGAUUUUUCAAGCUACCUGUACAUAUUUGAAAAUUUUGUAAAUGGUUUUCCUAAACGUUAAUGACAGAAGUAUUUAUACUUCAUUUUGUGACUUUGUAAAUAAAGUGACGGCUUUUGUUUCAGUAGAGUUGUGUUUAUUAUGCAUUGUUUGUGUUUAUUAUACAUUGUCGCAAAUAGGCAGGCUGUGUUCGUUGCUCCGGCGCUCCCGUGUGAAGAAGCUCCAGUGCUACCUUAGAAGCCAGGUAGUUGAGUCGCUUACGGUUUUGAUGCAGUGAGACAUGUGGAUGUGACCAAGAGGCAUUGUACAAACUGACAAACGCCAAAUAGAAACCCCUUGGCCAUUUAUUGCCAUUUUCACUAAAAAUGCUAUUGUCUUGUGUGAUUCUUAAACUCUUGCAAACCUGUCUCCGCUGGCCCUUAACUGAUGUGCAUAUUACAGCAAGCUUUACAAGUGCCCUGCAGGGGAAAUUUGCCAGGAGCUUAAGAGUUCUGAGGCUUUGGGAGGGGUGUAGAGAGGGCCUGUGAGCUGCACACUGGCCGUGCUGUCCACCCUGAGGAUCCAGAGUGUCCUCUCUUUAUCAUUCAGAGAAACCCCCAGGCUCCCACUUCCCCAGUGGCACCUUGCAGGGCGGAGGUGAGAGGUUCCUGGUUUAAAGCCUUUCAGUAUUUGUUUUCUUGUAAGGUCUGUGGUUGGGGCGGGGGGGGUAGUCUGUAAACAUUAAUGGUUGACGGGGUUUGUCUUUGAUGGUUUUUAUCUGCAAUUAUCGUCAUGUAUAUUUAAGUGUCUGUUAUAGAAAACCCACACCCACUGUCCUGUAAACUUUUCCUCAGUGCCCAGACUUGUGUAAUCACGUUUUAAUUGCCACCUCCUCCUUCGCCUCUACAUUUGAAAUCUGGCGUCUGUUUCCAGCCAGUGCGUUUUUUCUUUGUACUGUAAUAAACAGCCAGGAGAAAA